ACCAGCAAAUACAUACCUCUUCAACCAUUAAUUCGCAGCUAGCAAACACUUGAGCUGAAUUAAUUUUUAGUCUUAGAGAACGACUUUUUCUUAAUCAAAAUGGGUUCGAAGAUCGGAUUGCUAGCUUCCAUGAUUUUUCUUUUAUCUGUAUCUUCGACGAUGGGAUAUCCCAAGUACCCACCUGGUCUGAGAGUUGGAUACUACUACUCAAGCUGCCCAUCGGCGGAGGCUAUCGUGAGGAAGGCAGUGAACAAGGCAGUUUCCAAGAACCGUGGAAUCGCUGCCAGCCUUGUUCGGAUGCACUUCCAUGACUGUUUCGUGAGGGGUUGCGAUGGUUCCGUGCUUAUCAAGUCAACCCCAGGAAACCCAGCAGAAAGAGACCACCCAGCUAACAACCCGAGCUUGCGAGGGUUUGAGGUGAUUGAUGAGGCGAAAGCCCAGAUUGAGGCUGUUUGUCCUAAAACGGUUUCCUGUGCUGACAUCCUCGCUUUUGCCGCUCGGGACAGCACCUACAAGACAGGAGAGAUAUACUAUGAUGUCCCAGCUGGUCGUCGGGAUGGACGCAUCUCCAGCCUGCCGGAAGUGACGAACAACCUGCCACCAGCGAGAUUCAAUGCUCAACAACUCAUUGCCAACUUUGCGAGUAAAGGACUGUCAGCAGACGAGAUGGUGACCCUCUCCGGGGCCCAUUCCAUCGGCAUCUCCCACUGCUCGUCCUUCUCGUCGCGCCUCUACCCGAGCCAAGACCCUACAAUUGAUGGACGUUACGCGGCUUUCCUGAAGACCAAGUGCCCUCCACCAAGCAAUACAUCCAACCAAGACCCAAUCGUUCCGCUGGAAUCCUUGACACCAACUGGCCUGGACAACAAGUACUACCAGGAACUGACACGGUCCCGUGGGCUUCUCACCUCAGACCAGACACUUUAUGCAAGCCCCUCGACGUCAUGGAUGGUCUUGAACAAUGCAAAGUAUGGCAAAAUGUGGGCCAACAAGUUUGCGAAGGCAAUGGUGCGCAUGGGCUCGAUCGAGGUUCUGACCGGCACUCAAGGUGAGAUCCGAAAAGUUUGCAGCAAGGUGAAUUAGAAUUAGUACGACCAACCUUUGCUUUUCAAGGAUUAUUUUGACAAAAAUUUGGUUCAUUCUGUUUAUUUUGGUAACUUUUAUGUGUAGAAGACAUAUUGAGUUACCUUUUACAUUCAACUGUGUGAUUGUGAGAGUGAGAUUGUUCAUCAAGUUGAAGUUUGUUUGUAUUCUUCCUCCCCGAGUGAUCAAGUGUAACUGUGUCCUUUACAUAUGAAAUGCAAUCGGCUCUCGAUGCUCUACCUUUUUCCAUAAGAACCUCUAUCUUUAGUUCAUUCUAUGUAUAAAAGUUUCAGGCUCGAUUCCUGGCA